AUGGAGGUCCCGGAGCCGCUGUGGGUGAACAGGAGCUGUGUCAGCGGCUCUCUGAUCACUCUGGCUUGCCUGAAUCAUCAUGCUGUUUGUCAAAUCAUUAAGAAUGUCAGUUUUCCAGUUUCACCUCAUAUAAAUCUUAAUUUAAGCUCCAACUGGAUGGUACAAGUUGAAGACAAAUAUGGCUUUUACAUUGGCUUGGGCUUGGCCAUCUUUUCAAGUUUUCUCAUUGGCACCAGUGUCAUCCUCAAGAAGAAAGGACUGCGUCGACUGGUGGAGAAAGGAGGCACCAGGGCCGGAGAUGGAGGUCAUGGCUAUCUAAGAGACUGGCUGUGGUGGGCAGGUUUGAUAACCAUGGGUGGAGGAGAGGCCGCCAACUUUGCCGCAUAUGCCUUUGCAGCUGCAACAAUUGUUACACCACUCGGGGCACUUAGUGUGCUUAUAAGUGCCAUUUUGUCCUCUUAUUUCCUUGGAGAACGGCUGAACUUGCUAGGCAAACUUGGCUGUAUGCUGAGCAUUGUGGGUAGUACCAUUCUUGUGAUACAUGCUCCAGAAGAAGAGGAAAUCACUACUUUGGGGGAAUUGCUUUCAAAACUGAAGGAACCAGGUUUUCUGGUUUAUGCCAGCAUCCUCUUGGUUAUCAGCUUAGUUCUGAUUUGUUUCCUAGCACCACGUUAUGGCAAGACCAAUAUUCUCAUCUACCUCUCCAUUUGUUCUGUGAUUGGGGCUUUCUCCGUCUCUUCUGUUAAAGGGCUGGGCAUUGCUAUCAAGAGUUUUUUCACUCACCUGCCUGUUCUACAAAACCCAUUGACCUGGAUUCUUGUCUUCACGUUAGUGGCUUCUAUUGCUACUCAGAUCAACUACCUCAAUAAAGCUCUGGACAUCUUCAAUACCUCUAUGGUGUUUUCCAUUUACUAUGUGCUCUUCACCACUAUUGUCAUCACAACUUCAGUUAUCCUCUUUAAAGAGUGGGUCACCAUGUCUGUAAAAGACAUUAUCGGGACAGUAUGUGGAUUUCUUACCAUUAUUUUAGGAGUCUUUUUACUCCAUGCUUUCAAGGAUAUGGAUGUCAGUUUGAAGAAUCUGCCACAAGCACUCCAGACUUCUAAGGAGCCACCAGCAAUUAAGGAUGACAAUAACACUUUAAUAGAGCUGGAUAAUCCAGACACCAAGGAUCAGAACAAACCCAAAGUAUUCAUGAUCUUCAGUUGA